AUGGGCACUGUGGGACCACAGGAAGAGCUGGAGGGGUUGGUGUCCUCAGGCCUGGUGCUGGCUGAACCCGAGGUGUGUCAAGUCGAACUUCAUGUCCACUUGGAUGGAGCCAUCAGGCCAGAAACAAUCCUGCACUUUGGCAGGAAAAGAGGGGUUUCUCUCCCUGGCAGCACUACUGAUGACCUCCUGAAGUAUGUCAGCUACAAAACACCAACGACACUUACCGAAUUCCUGCAGAAGUUUAAUUACUACAUGCCUGCCAUCGCGGGUGACCGAGAGGCAGUGAGGAGAAUCGCCUACGAGCUCGUGGAAACAAAAGCAAAAGAAGGGAUCAUCUACGUGGAGGUCCGGUACAGCCCCCACCUCCUGGCCAACUGCCGUGUGCAUCCCAUCCCCUGGGGCCAAGCUGAGGGAGACCUCACUCCAGAUGAAGUCGUUAGCCUGGUCAAUCAGGGACUGAAGGAUGGAGAAAGGGAUUUCCACAUCAAAGCCAGGUCUAUUCUAUGCUGCAUGCGCCAUAUGCCAAGCUGGUCACCAGAGGUGGUGGAGCUCUGCAAGAAGUAUAAAAAUGACUCUGUGGUGGCCAUUGACCUGGCUGGGGAUGAGACCCUGAAGGUGAAUAAUACCUCUGAGCACAAGAAGGCUUAUGAGGAAGCUGAGAGAUGCGGGAUCCAUCGCACUGUCCAUGCUGGGGAGGCUGGGCCAGCUGCCAUGAUCAAGGAGGCAGUUAAUAUCCUGAAGGCUGAGCGCAUUGGCCAUGGCUACCAUGUCCUGGAGGACCCUGAGCUCUACAAGGAGCUGUUGAAAGCAAAGAUGCAUUUUGAGGUCUGCCCUUGGUCCAGUUAUCUGACAGGAGCAUGUCUGCCAGACUUCAGGAAACACCCAGCAGUACAAUUCAGGAAGGAUCAAGCUAACUUUUCUAUAAACACGGAUGACCCCCUCAUCUUUAACUCCAACAUUGACAAGGAUUAUAGCAUAGUGAAGAACUACAUGGGCUUCACUGAAGAGGAGUUCAAGAGAGUGAACAUCAAUGCAGCUCAGUCCAGCUUCUUACCCGAGCAGGAAAAGCAGGAGCUGCUCAACAAACUCUAUCAAGCCUAUGGGAUGGUCCCCAACGCCUGCUGA